AUGCCACAUGUUUGUGAUGCCAAUAUCUCGUUCACCCACCUCCAGCUCGUGAAUCUCACCAGGGUGAAAAUGCUCUCAGAUCUAUCUCCUUAUUUGGAAUCCACCUGUAUGUGGAAUGGUGUGAACAAUCUUGCGUUGACUCAUUCGGGAUUAACCGAACUUGAACCCAAUGUAUGUAACCAUUUUGCUUAUUUAGAACAUUUGAACAUUUCCAACAAUGCUCGUUUGACCACCUACGGUGAAAACACAUUUGCAUCGGCCUGCGGUCGUUUGACAGCUUUGAUACUACGAUCCAACCCCGUCAGGUCACUGGCUCGUAAUGUUUUCGCUGGUUUGACUGCGCUCAGUGUGUUAGAUUUGUCGGACAAUAAAAUUGGAUAUAUUCAGUCCGGGACUUUUUCUAGUAACUGUUGUUCCAUGAUCCGUCGACUGAAUUUGGCGGCCAACAUUUUAACGGUCAUUGAUGUGGAUACACUUCGGGGUUUAUCGAGACUGGAAGUAUUAGAUUUGAGGGGAAACCCACUCCAACAAAUCGAUUCCGCUGCAUUGAUCCCCUGCGCUUCGUCCCUCUCGGAGCUGUAUAUGAGCCACGAUAAUCGCGUUCCUUUCGGCGGUUUUGAAAGUCCCGCCCAGGGUGUCUUCUCUAACUUGUCCAAUCUUCUUAUCUUGCGAAUGGAGGAACUCAAGUUGGUCCACUUGACAAACGAAACAUUUCAGGGUUUGAGUAAUCUUCAGGAGCUUUCACUGCGUGGUAAUCGCAUCACUCAACUUCCACCGGACGUAUUUUCCCACACAACGAAGCUGAAACGAUUGGAUCUCUCCUCCAACACACUGAUGUGUGUCCCAUCCUCGCUCAAUCCAGCUGAGAAACAGGACUUCCUUGCCGGGCUUCCGCUACGAUGGGUUGAUUUGUCAUGGAAUCGAUUGACACACCUAAAUCAUUUAACUGCUAGAAGUCUCGGUCUUUUCGAUGCCCGGUCAAACGAUGACGGACGAUUGAUAUUGAACUUAACUGCUAACCCAUGGCAACACGUAGACGAGGAUACAUUUUGUAAUCCAAUUCACCCGACACCCAUGAGGCCGACAGAGCUUAUUCUAGGCCCCAGUGUCACAAGCCAUUCCGAAGGAUGGAAGGACUCCGUGGGUUAUUGGCGAGCCCGCGCCGCCUGGCCGAAUGGACCACUCUCUUUGAUUGGUCAAUCCAGUCUCCUUCAUGGUUUUUUGCUAACUGGUAACCAAAUGCAGAAUAUCUCGAAUACUAACCUGGGAGUUAGUUCAGGUGUGGAGGGCACCUUGACAGGAAUAUCAGAUAGUCGAAAUAAGUGUCUGCAACUGGAACAAAAACAGCAAACCAAGCUCAACGGGACAGUUCCCAAAGACCCGCAAAAUUUUCAGUGGCCAUCCGCUGCAGAAAUCAUUUACUCUAUAUCAUCUUAUUGUCCUCGGUUACCGAUCCGCAAAAUGGGGGAAAAGGAAUUACUCAUAUUGAAUUUGUCCGAUGUGAUAGACACUUACUAUCCUUCACGGGGCUCUUUUCUACAUUUGUCAGAACAAGGUUCGCGCCUCUAUCUUUUGACUACAGUUGGGUUGUGCCUAACCUUUAUCUUGACUGCACUCACUGUGAUAAUGUGUUAUCGAGCUUGGUCACGUCGAACAUCACUAAAAGAUCUUGAGGACCAUGUGGCGGUUAAUAACGGUGCCCACUGCCGAAAAAAGCCUAUGCGGUAUACACCGUGUUCCACCCACCAGAAUGAUCCUUGUCACCCCGCUGAUAAGGAGGAUCGGAGUACAGAGAGUUUGUUGCGUUCUACCAGCCAACUAGAGUCAGAUGGGCCCACACCUGUACAAAGUUGCCCGUCCACCACCGUCCCCUCAACCCACCCCAAGGUCAAACGCAUCGCUCCGUCGGGCGGAAGUCGUGUAAUGUGCACUCGUCCCAAAAGCGAUUCUGAUGCUACGGGUCUCGGUGAGGCCCAGCAGUUGACAGUGUUUGGAGUUGUUUGA